CCCAUUUGCCCUCUCCUCACAACGGCAGCCCCCACCGCCAACUUCGGCGAUCUCCCCCUUAACGAUGAAGAAAUCGUCCAAUCGGUUGUCGCCGGCGUAACCCCAUCCUACAUUCUCGAAUCCAAGCUCAACGACACCCACCGAGCCGCAAAACUCCGGCGAGAUUCUUUGAAGGUAAUCACCGGACGGAGCAUCGACGGGCUUCCCCUUGAUGGGUUCGAUUACGAUUCGAUCCUCGGCCAGUGCUGCGAGAUGCCCGUUGGUUUUGUGCAGCUCCCAGUAGGGAUUGCGGGCCCGCUGGUUCUCGAUUCUAUGAUGUACUACGUGCCAAUGGCGACGACGGAGGGGUGUCUCGUUGCGAGCACGAACAGGGGGUGCAAGGCGAUCGCGGAGUCGGGAGGGGCGAUGAGCGUUGUGUUGAGGGAUGGGAUGACGAGGGCGCCGGCGGUGAGGUUUGGGACGGCGAAGAGAUCGGCGGAGCUGAAGUUUUUCUUGGAGGAGCCGGCGAAUUUCGAGACGCUGGCGUUGAUCUUUAACAGGUCUAGCAGAUUUGCACGACUCCAAGGGAUUCAAUGCUCGCUUGCAGGUAGGAAUCUCUACAUGAGAUUCAGUUGUAGCACCGGCGAUGCAAUGGGGAUGAACAUGGUGUCAAAGGGUGUGCAGAAUGUCUUGGACUACCUCCAAAGUGAUUUCCCCGAUAUGGAAGUCGUCAGCAUCUCUGGAAAUUUCUGCUCAGACAAGAAGCCAGCUGCUGUGAAUUGGAUCGAAGGAAGAGGGAAAUCAGUUGUAUGUGAGGCCAUAAUCAAGGAAGAGGUGGUUAAGAAAGUUCUAAAGACAAAUGUACAAGCUUUAGUUGAGCUCAAUACAGUAAAGAACCUUGCGGGUUCAGCUAUCGCUGGAGCUCUCGGUGGCUUCAAUGCUCAUGCUAGCAACAUUGUGACUGCUGUUUUCAUUGCCACCGGUCAGGAUCCUGCACAAAAUGUUGAGAGCUCUCACUGCAUCACCAUGAUGGAGGCUGUUAACGAUGGCAAGGACCUUCAUGUCUCAGUUACGAUGCCAUCCAUUGAGGUAGGGACAGUUGGAGGCGGGACCCAAUUGGCAUCACAGUCAGCAUGUUUGGAUCUACUUGGAGUAAAGGGUGCAAACCCAGAGUCUCCCGGUUCCAAUGCCAGGCUUCUGGCCACGAUAAUAGCUGGUGCUGUUCUUGCUGGAGAGCUCUCUCUCAUGUCUGCUCUUGCUGCCGGCCAGCUUGUUAAGAGCCACAUGAAGUACAAUAGAUCCAACAGGGACAUCGCCAAAGCUGCCUCCUAACUUUAAAGUCCUUUCUUUGUAUAGAUAAUAUCCCAAAAAAAUAAAAUAAGUUUCACCCAAAUCUAACUUGGAUCUGGGUUAGUUCACCAUUUGCAGUUUCUUCUUAAAUUAGUUGUGUUGUGUGCAUGACCCUCCUCAGGAAUUUAUUGUAUUUGCUAAGCCUUUUUCUGGUUCUUGGGGUCACCAGAAACUAAUUUUUAUGUAAUUUGUUGUUGCUGUUGUUGUUUCCCCCCCUUUUUUCACCUAUUUGGUGGAUGUUUAUUUGUAGUAUGUUGAAGAUUUGUUAAUGACGUCAUAUUCUUUUUUUAGUGCUUUUA